UCCCUGAUGGCCCAGCAGAUAAAGAAUCUCCCUGCAAUGCAGGAAACACAGGAGAUGCAGAGAAAUUCAACACCUAUGUGACCCUGAAGGUGCAGAAUGUCAAAAGCACGACCAUCGCGGUCCGAGGCAGCCAGCCCAGCUGGGAGCAGGAUUUCAUGUUUGAGAUUAAUCGCCUGGAUCUGGGGCUGACGGUGGAGGUGUGGAACAAGGGUCUCAUCUGGGACACGAUGGUGGGCACUGUGUGGAUCCCCCUGAGGACCAUCCGCCAGUCCAAUGAAGAGGGCCCUGGAGAGUGGCUGACCCUGGACUCGCAGGUCAUCAUGGCGGACAGUGAGAUCUGCGGCACCAAGGAUCCCACCUUCCACCGCAUCCUCCUUGACACCCGCUUUGAGCUGCCCUUAGAUAUCCCCGAAGAGGAGGCCCGUUACUGGGCCAAGAAGCUGGAGCAGCUGAACGCCAUGCGGGACCAGGAUGAGUAUGCAUUCCAGGAUGAACAGGACAAGCCUCUUCCCGUUCCCAGUAAUCAGUGUUGCAACUGGAAUUAUUUUGGCUGGGGUGAGCAGCAGAAUGAUGACCCUGACAGUGCAGUGGAUGAUCGAGACAGUGACUACCGCAGUGAGACAAGUAACAGCAUCCCGCCGCCCUAUUACACGACGUCCCAGCCCAAUGCCUCAGUCCACCAAUAUUCCGUCCGCCCACCACCCCUGGGUUCCCGGGAAUCCUACAGUGACUCCAUGCACAGCUAUGAGGAGCUCUCAGAGCCGCGGGCCCUCAGCCCCACAGGCAGCAGCCGCUACGCCUCCUCAGGGGAGCUGAGCCAAGGCAGUUCGCAGCUGAGCGAGGACUUCGACCCGGAUGAGCAGAGCCUGCAGGGCUCUGAGCUGGAGGACGAGCGGGACCGGGAUUCCUACCACUCCUGCCACAGCUCGGUCAGCUACCACAAGGACUCGCCGCGCUGGGACCAGGAUGAGGACGAGCUGGACGAGGAGCUGGAUGAGGACCUGGAGGACUUCCUGGAGGAGGAGGAGCUACCUGAAGACGAGGAGGAGCUGGAGGAGGAGGUGCCGGAUGACAUCCGAGGCUACGCCACGCGAGAGGAGGCGGCUGUGGCCGAGCCCAAGGACUUCAAGCGCGUCAGCCUUCCACCCACCGCCCCCGAGAGGGAGGACAAGGCCCCGGCCAUGCCCACCGAGGCCCCCGACGUACCCAAGGUGGCCCCCGAGCCAGCCGUGCCUGAGGACGCGCCCGCCUCUGAGCGGGAGCCUGAGGCCCCCAAGGCUGAGGAGAGUUUCAGGCCUCGAGAAGGUGAGGAAGGCCAAGAGGGUCAGGACUCCGUGUCCAGAGCCAAGGCCAACUGGCUGCGAGCCUUCAACAAAGUGCGGCUGCAGCUGCAAGAGGCCCGGGGAGAAGGAGAAAUGUCCAAGUCCCUGUGGUUCAAAGGCGGCCCUGGCGGUGGUCUCAUCAUCAUUGAUAGCAUGCCGGACAUCCGCAAGAGGAAGCCAAUCCCACUCGUGAGCGACCUGUCCCUGGUCCAGUCCAGAAAAGCAGGCAUCACCUCGGCCUUGGCAUCCAGCACUUUGAACAACGAAGAGCUGAAAAAUCACGUUUACAAGAAGACCCUGCAAGCCUUAAUCUACCCCAUCUCGUGCACGACGCCGCACAACUUCGAGGUGUGGACGGCCACCACACCCACCUACUGCUACGAGUGUGAGGGGCUGCUGUGGGGCAUCGCGCGGCAGGGCAUGCGCUGUACCGAGUGCGGUGUCAAGUGCCACGAGAAGUGCCAGGACCUGCUCAACGCGGACUGUCUGCAGCGGGCGGCGGAGAAGAGCUCCAAGCACGGGGCGGAGGACAGGACGCAGAACAUCAUCAUGGUGCUCAAGGACCGCAUGAAGAUCCGGGAGCGCAACAAGCCCGAGAUCUUCGAGCUCAUCCAGGAGAUCUUCGCGGUGACCAAGACUGCGCACACGCAGCAGAUGAAGGCGGUCAAGCAGAGCGUGCUGGACGGAACAUCCAAGUGGUCGGCCAAGAUCAGCAUCACUGUGGUCUGUGCCCAGGGUUUGCAGGCAAAGGACAAGACGGGAUCCAGUGACCCCUAUGUCACCGUCCAAGUCGGGAAGACCAAGAAACGGACAAAAACCAUCUAUGGAAACCUGAACCCCGUGUGGGAGGAGAACUUUCACUUUGAAUGCCACAACUCCUCAGACCGAAUCAAGGUGCGUGUCUGGGAUGAGGACGACGACAUUAAAUCUCGCGUGAAGCAGCGGUUCAAGAGGGAAUCCGAUGACUUCCUGGGUCAGACGAUCAUCGAGGUGCGGACACUCAGUGGCGAGAUGGACGUGUGGUACAACCUGGACAAGCGGACUGACAAAUCUGCUGUGUCAGGCGCCAUCCGGCUACACAUCAGUGUGGAGAUCAAAGGUGAAGAGAAGGUGGCUCCGUACCACGUCCAGUACACCUGUUUGCACGAGAACCUGUUCCACUUCGUGACAGAUGUGCAGAACAAUGGGGUUGUGAAGAUCCCAGAUGCCAAGGGUGACGACGCCUGGAAAGUUUACUAUGAUGAGACAGCCCAGGAGAUUGUAGAUGAAUUUGCCAUGCGCUAUGGCGUCGAGUCCAUCUACCAAGCCAUGACCCACUUUGCCUGCCUCUCUUCCAAAUACAUGUGUCCCGGGGUGCCUGCCGUCAUGAGCACCCUGCUUGCCAACAUCAACGCCUAUUAUGCUCACACCACCGCCUCCACCAACGUGUCUGCCUCCGACCGCUUCGCCGCCUCCAACUUUGGGAAAGAGCGCUUUGUGAAGCUCCUGGACCAGCUGCAUAACUCCCUGCGGAUCGACCUCUCCAUGUAUCGGAAUAACUUCCCAGCCAGCAGUCCAGAGAGACUCCAGGACCUCAAAUCCACUGUGGACCUUCUCACCAGCAUCACCUUCUUUCGGAUGAAGGUACAAGAACUCCAGAGCCCACCCCGAGCCAGCCAGGUGGUGAAGGACUGUGUGAAAGCCUGCCUCAACUCUACUUAUGAGUACAUCUUCAACAAUUGUCAUGAACUCUACAGUCGAGAGUACCAGACUGACCCGGCCAAGAAAGGGGAAGUUCCCCCGGAGGAACAGGGCCCCAGCAUCAAGAACCUCGACUUCUGGUCCAAGCUGAUCACUCUCAUAGUGUCCAUCAUUGAGGAAGACAAAAAUUCGUACACUCCUUGCCUCAAUCAGUUUCCCCAGGAAUUGAACGUGGGUAAAAUCAGCGCUGAAGUGAUGUGGAAUCUGUUUGCCCAGGAUAUGAAGUAUGCAAUGGAGGAGCAUGAUAAGCAUCGCCUGUGCAAGAGUGCCGACUACAUGAACCUCCACUUCAAGGUCAAAUGGCUCUACAAUGAGUAUGUGGCUGAGCUGCCUGCCUUUAAGGACCGAGUGCCCGAGUAUCCUGCGUGGUUUGAGCCCUUUGUCAUCCAGUGGCUGGACGAGAAUGAGGAAGUGUCCCGAGAUUUCUUACAUGGAGCCCUGGAGAGAGACAAGAAGGAUGGGUUCCAGCAGACUUCAGAGCAUGCCCUGUUCUCCUGCUCCGUGGUGGAUGUCUUCUCCCAGCUCAAUCAGAGCUUUGAGAUCAUCAAGAAACUCGAGUGUCCUGACCCCCAGAUUGUGGGGCACUACAUGAGGCGCUUUGCCAAGACCAUCAGUAAUGUGCUCCUCCAGUAUGCAGACAUCAUCUCCAAGGACUUUGCUUCCUACUGCUCCAAGGAGAAGGAGAAAGUGCCCUGCAUCCUCAUGAACAACACUCAGCAGCUGAGAGUUCAGCUGGAGAAGAUGUUCGAAGCCAUGGGAGGGAAGGAGCUGGAUGCCGAGGCCAGUGACAUCUUGAAGGAGCUACAGGUGAAACUCAACAACGUCUUGGAUGAGCUCAGCCGGGUGUUUGCUACCAGCUUCCAGCCGCACAUUGAAGACUGUGUCAAGCAGAUGGGUGACAUCCUUAGCCAGGUGAAAGGCACAGGCAAUGUGCCAGCCAGUGCCUGCAGCAGCGUGGCCCAGGAUGCUGACAAUGUGCUACAACCCAUCAUGGACCUGCUGGAUAGCAACCUGACUCUCUUUGCCAAAAUCUGUGAGAAGACGGUGCUGAAGCGGGUGCUGAAGGAGUUAUGGAAGCUGGUCAUGAACACCAUGGAGAAGACCAUCGUCCUGCCACCCCUCACUGACCAGACGGGCACCCUCUUGAGAAAACAUGGCAAGGGAUUAGAAAAGGGCAGGGUGAAAUUGCCAAGCCACUCAGAUGGCACCCAGAUGAUCUUCAAUGCAGCCAAGGAGCUGGGUCAGCUAUCUAAACUCAAGGACCACAUGGUACGAGAAGAAGCCAAGAGCUUGACCCCGAAGCAGUGUGCAGUUGUUGAGCUGGCCCUGGACACUAUCAAGCAAUACUUCCAUGCAGGUGGCGUGGGCCUCAAGAAAACUUUCCUGGAGAAGAGCCCAGACCUGCAGUCCCUGCGCUACGCCCUGUCCCUCUACACGCAGGCCACCGACCUGCUCAUCAAGACAUUCGUGCAGACGCAGUCGGCCCAGGGCUCGGGUGUGGAAGACCCUGUGGGUGAAGUCUCCGUCCAUGUAGAGCUCUUCACUCAUCCAGGAACUGGGGAACACAAGGUCACAGUGAAAGUGGUGGCUGCCAAUGAUCUCAAGUGGCAGACUUCUGGCAUUUUCCGGCCAUUCAUCGAGGUCAACAUCAUUGGGCCCCAGCUCAGUGACAAGAAACGCAAGUUUGCGACCAAAUCCAAGAACAACAGCUGGGCCCCCAAGUACAAUGAGAGCUUUCAGUUCACGCUGAGCGCCGACACUGGCCCUGAGUGCUACGAGCUGCAGGUGUGCGUCAAGGACUACUGCUUCGCGCGCGAGGACCGCACGGUGGGGCUGGCCGUGCUGCAGCUGCGCGAGCUGGUCCAGCGCGGGAGCGCCGCCUGCUGGUUGCCCCUGGGCCGCCGCAUCCACAUGGACGACACGGGCCUCACGGUGCUGCGCAUCCUGUCGCAACGCAGCAAUGACGAGGUGGCCAAGGAAUUCGUCAAGCUCAAGUCGGACACGCGCUCCGCCGAGGAGGGCGGUGCCGCGCCUGCCCCCUAGUGCGGGGCACGCAGGCAGGCGCCAUUGCGCCUGCGCAGAGCGCGCAGGGCGGGGCGGUGUCUGCGCGCUUGGACCUCCCUGAGGGCGAGUCUCCGGGCUCUGAACGGAAGGCAUCCUGCCUUUGCACCUUUGAUUUAGUUUCCCAUUCUGGGGAAAGGUGAAUGGCAACGCCCCGCCCCCUCAGGAGGCCUUGCGCCAGGGAAAGAGGAAGGAAGAAGCCACAUCCCCCCUACUUGAGGCCACUCCCCCAGCGUCUAGGGGCUUUUCGAGCUGGAAUGGGAUGAAAACCAGCCCCUAGAGAGGAGGCCAGGUCCCAGAGCUGUGUUACCUGGACGCCCUGCCUCCUGCCCCCUGGAAAAGCCAUAAGAUGGGUCCCAACCUUUGGGGCCCGAGACCAAUUUGCCAAGUAUGGAACUCUCAGCUCCCUUGAGGGGCGGGCCUUGGGCGAGGGACAGGGUUUCCUGGCGCGCCCUCUGGGGUGGUGUGGGGACUGGAGGGGCUCGGGUGGUGGUUAGAGAGCCCCCCACCAAGGUGGACCAGAGUCCCUUUUGAUGUUUGUGCGAAAAAUAAACAGGGAAGGGGGGAGGAUGGGAUUUCAAAAGCACAUGCGCUCUCGGGCGCCCAAACCCGGCCAAGGGGUCGGCUCUGGGGCAUCCAAGCUGCCCCAGCUUCCCUACGGGGUUUUGCCUCCCCCUUUCCCCACCACAUAUCCAGUCCUUAUAUCAUAGAGUUCAACCCACUCACUUGACAGAUGGCAAAACCGAGGCCGAGAGCUGCUUAAGACAAUGCCGAGGGUUCCAGUACCACAUCCCCUCCCCAUUCCCUUUGGCCUGUGUGCCCCUCUGAAGGGUGAGCUGAGAUCGGAUACCCCGACACAGCUCCCCAUUGCUGCUAACCCCUGUCUGGGGACUGUCCCCAACCCUCAAAGCGGUGGGGGUUCAGGGCCGAGGCCCCAGUGCCCCCUUCCACCGCUGGCUGCCAAGCAAAACCCCUGCCUUCACUGCUUUCCUUUGGGACGCCAGGGUUAGAUACCUGAGAACUCUUGACCUCCCACCAAAAGAGAGUGAAGAUACGGGAUUCCCUGGACCCGGUCCCCUGCCCCAACCACUUCUUCCUCUCCUAGAAUGCUCCAGUCAGGAAGGAACGGAAAGAGACCAGAAGCUUGAGGGUAUGUGUGUGUGAACGGAAAGAGACCAGAAGCUUGAGGGUGUGUGUGUGUGUGUGUGUGUGUGUGUGUAUACAAAUUUGCUGGGGAGCUUACUCCCCCAAAAUUUCAUUCAUUCAUUUAAACACGCAGGCCACAGGAUACCCCAUGUGGAGCCUCUAGCUGCCUGAAACUCUUCCUUCACCAGGGGUUUGGGGGCAGUUUAGCCAAAUUUCUCCGUUUUAGCUCACACAGGCAUUUUGGGAGACAUUUUGGGAAAGUUUGGCAUGGCUUGUCUUUGCCCAGGAUCUGCUUUUUCACAUUGGACCAGUAUGUGUAUACUGUGGGUUUUUUCCUGUCAGAUUGAUAAAUACAGGAUUGUGCUGUACUAGGGAAAAAAUUAAACAGAGGUGUGAGAAGAGGUUUAACUGGGCUACUGGAGCAAUGGGGGCUACCUCAGAUGGGAAAGGUGACAGGGCUUUCUGCAGAGGUGAAAAGUGUAAAGGAACUACGCAUUGGAGAGAAAAGAGCUCCAGGCAGAGGGAACUUCAGAUGCAAAGGCUCCGAAGUGGGCUAACUUGAAGCAUGGCCAGGUCAGGUGGCUGGAGCUGAGCCAACCAGAGGGGUGGUGGGAGAUGCUGAUGAGGUUGGGGAGGCCUGCAGAGGUCUCAGACCAGGUGGGAUCUGGUAAGAAGCCCUGAGGAGUUUUGAUUUUACCCUAGAGGCCUGGGAGGCCCCAGGAGAUUUUAAAUCUGGGGAGAGUCUGGAUUUCAGGUUUUGACUCUCCCUCUGGCUACCUCAUGAAGA